GCAUUAGACAUCAUGGCUGCUUCCAGUAAAAAUGCAUUUGUCAAGAUGCCAGUGAAAUUUUCAAGCGACAGCCGUUCUUCUCACGUAAUGCUCUUCAAAAAACACAGUGUACGCGAAAAGAGUGAACACAAGCCAUCAGGGAGGACACUGUUUGUCGUCAACGUGCCCCCGUACUGUGACGAAGACAGCCUGAAGCGCAUCUUCGGCGACUGCGGUAAGGUCUCCAAAGUGUGGCUGCAGAAAUCUCCUUCUUCGGGCAAGCCCGCCGAAAAUGUGUCGUCAUUCUUUCCCAGCGUGCCUCCAGUGACGGGCUUCAAAGUCGCGUACGUAGUGUUCCACAAAGAAGCGGCCGUGGGGCGAGCGCUAGCCCUGUCACUGUCGGAACCACGUGUGCUGCACCACGAAGACUGCAACGAUGUCGUCGGUGUGGCCAAGUGGUGCGCCCAGUACAAGUCGACGUUCGUGGACGCCGAGAAAGUGCAGAAGGAAGUGGACACCUACAUGGCGGAUUACGACGCUCGCCUGGAAGAAGAAAAGCAGCGAGCCAAAGCGAUGGACGGAGUUCCCGAUGAAGACGGCUGGAUCACCGUUACCAAGUACGGCAAGCGGCCGGUCAUACCGCGUACCGACGCCGUCAGCCAGAAGAUUUCCAGCGCCGAAAAGAAGAAGCGCUCCCAGAAGGAGCUUGUCAACUUUUACUCCUUCCAAAUUCGAGAGUCUAAAAUGGAAAAGAUUGCCCAGCUUCGAAAGAAGUUCGAAGAGGAUAAGCGAAAAAUUUCGCUUAUGAAAGCAUCUAGGCGGUUUAGACCCGUGUAGUCUUCGUGAACUGCUCUGACAGUGUUUGCCGACGUGUCUUUAAGUACUGCCACUGCUAAAAAUCUGAAGAUUGCCCCAUGUGAAUGCGUACAUUUGUUUUUUUAUGUAAAAUAAAAAGCUCGUUGCAAUGUCGUA